GGAGUUGCAGAUAUAAUAUUAUUGAUCCUGAUAAAACAAAACCCUUUUACCCUGGGUUCGUCCUGCCUCGUUUGGUGCCCUUGGGAGAUACAGGAUCGCCACUCAGAAGAUGGUAGCUGAAGCAGAGAUCAUAUGCCCGCAAACCCUUUCUGUGAUGAACGUCAACUAUCAUCUUCGCGURACCGAAGAACGCGAUCUUCAGAUCGAUUUGCCGCACCCUUCUUCGUCUCCUAUAUUUCCCGAGGCAGUUAGUUGUUCAGAUAUCAUUGAAGAUGCCCAUAUAGAGUCAACUGCCAUAGAAUUUGUUCCAACUAUUCGUUCUGGUAGCUAUGCAGACAUUGGAGCUCGAGACUCUAUGGAUGAUGAACAUGUCUGCAUUGAUGAUCUGUCUACCCACCUCAGAUUUAUGUUCCAGUGUGCUAUGCCCAGUGGUUUCUAUGCUGUUUUUGAUGGUCAUGGAGGACCUCACGCAGCUGCUUUUGUCAAGAGGAAUGCAGUGAGAUUAUUUUUUGAAGAUGCUGAUUGGUUAAAAAUGCUAGAUACUAAUCCUAUCUCCUUGAAAGAUGUGGAGAAUUCUCAUCGCAAAGCCUUUCUACUAGCAGAUCUUGCCUUAGCCAAUGAGCAAAGUGUUAGCAGCUCAUGUGGGACAACUGCAUUGACGGCAUUGGUUCUUGGAAGGCAUUUGCUUGUUGCAAAUGCUGGUGACUGCCGAGCAGUCUUAUGUAGGAAAGGUGUAGCAGUUGCAAUGUCUCAAGAUCACAGGCCUUCUAAUUUGCUUGAGCUCAAGCGGGUAGAAGGGAUGGGUGGGUUUGUAGAUGACGGGUAUCUUAAUGGCUAUAUUUCAGUAACCCGAACCUUGGGGGAUUGGGACCUGAAAUUGCCAAAUGGCUCCUCAUCACCUCUGAUUGCCGAGCCACAAGUGGAGCAUGUUAUUUUAACAAAGGACGAUGAGUUCUUGAUCCUUGGCUGCGACGGGAUUUGGGAUGUUAUGUCAAGCCAAUAUGCUGUCAGUCUUGUUCGACGUGGGUUGAGGAAGCACAAUGACCCACAUCAAAGUUCCCGAGAAUUAGUCCUAGAAGCUUUGCGACUUAAUACAUCUGAUAAUCUUACUGCAAUUGUGAUCUGUUUUUCUUCUUCCAGCUGCGUUCCUCAGCAGCGAAUAUGGAAGUCGUGUUGUCUGACAGAAGAGGCUAGAAGUAGAUUGAGGAGCUUGUUAGAAGGAAACUGAUCAUCGCAUUUAAAGUAUAAUCAAUUCUCGGUCUGUUUGUGACUGCUUCAGAAUAAGGAAAAAAAAUACAAAAAGAAAAAAAAAAGCAGCCAGCAGUUUUGUAGGGAUACAAAGGAAUAGGUUGAUUGGAUAGUUGAGGUGAGGAUGGUACAAUUGCGAUUGUCAAUUAGAUUUUUGGAACGAGCCAACUUAAUAGGAUUUGUUCCGUCAUUAUAUGUAAAGUAAUAAUGAGAAGCUCCUUAUCCCGUGCACACCUCCAAUUCCCUUCAAAAAUAUUUUUGUUUCUUUGGGUUUAGUUGAACAAAUGGAAUAAGCAUAACAAUGGUGCCCAUA